AUGUCUGGACGUGGGAAGCAAGGUGGCAAAGCACGUGCUAAGGCCAAAUCCCGUUCAUCCAGAGCGAGCCUGCAGUUCCCCGUGGGCCGAGUCCAUCGCCUGCUCCGCAAGGGCAACUACUCCGAGCGGGUCGGGGCUGGCGCGCCGGUGUACCUGGCGGCGGUGCUGGAGUACCUGACGGCCGAGAUCCUGGAGCUGGCGGGCAACGCGGCCCGCGACAACAAGAAGACCCGCAUCAUCCCGCGCCACCUGCAGCUGGCCAUCCGUAAUGAUGAGGAGCUCAACAAACUGCUGGAUGGUGUGACCAUCGCCCAGGGGGGCGUCCUGCCAAACAUCCAGGCCAUGCUGCUGCCCAAGAAGACAGAGACCCACCACCACAAAGUGCAUUGCAAAUAA